CAGCCCAGAUCCUCAUAGGUAUAUUCCCCCCGCGCUUCUACCUAUCUCGUCUCACCCACAGCUCAUCCUGUUUUGCCCACAGCACAGAACAACAUUAUCAAGCGAAACCCCCCAGAAUCCUGGAAACCGAUUCGCGAAAUAGUUAUUCUUAUUCAUCAUUACCUCUUCUCUACACCUUCCCCCCGCCUUUUUAAUCUGUAUGAAAGCCUAAAUAUCUACUCCGUAGACGGCGGACGAACGUCAGCCCGGGCUUAGGAGUUACAAGGACGUCGAUCGCCCGUUCGCUCUUAACUUACAAGGAAUGCAAGCGCGAGAGGCCUAGCGGGGAAACCCUCAAAAUCGUCAACGUCAGCAAAGACCAUCCACACACCUCACUCACACACCCUGAGCUUCACUUGGGCUUCACUCACGUCAGGGUCGCUCACACACCCUGAGCUUCACUUGAGCUUCACUCACGUCAGGGUCGCUCACACACCCUUCACUCAUAUUCACUCACACUACCUUACACCCAUACAAAAAGUCACUAGACAAUGACACCGCCGGCAUCAUCGGCCACCGCAGCCCGACAACAAUCCGACCAGAACACCGCCGCUCCUGGCAACAGCGGCACCAGUAAACAACAGCUCAGCUGCGCAAACUGCCGCCAUCGCAAGAUCAAAUGCGAUAAGCUACAGCCCCGGUGCAAGCAGUGCGAGCGCUCCGACCUCGACUGCGUCUUCCCCUCCCGGAAGCGGAACCGCAAGCCGCGCCAGGGGAGGCAGAAUGAGCUGCUGAAUCGCAUCACCCGUCUGGAGAGCAUCGUCAGCAAGGUCGACUCUGGUAACGUGGAUGGAGUCGUCAGGGGCGGCGGUACCGGGACCCCGACCGGCUCGGCGGGAGGAGCGGUACCCCCUACGGCCUUGCUCGCGGCUGCCGUCUCAGCGACGCCGCAUUCUAUAUCGGCGGCGGUGGCGGGCCGAAGGGGUGUUGGUGGCGACUCCGUCUCGGGUAUGAAUGACGCGGAGCCGUCGCCGCCCGGAGCGGGGUGGGACUCUCAGCCCGCCCCGCCGACCAACUACAUGAGCGCCGAGUUCUGGGAGAAUCUGUGCCAGGAGGUCGAGGGCAUGAGACAGGCCUUGGAUCAGCCAUCCGACAGCGAAGGGUCCGAUGAUGAGGAAGCAGGAGGUCAGGGGCAGCAGGGCCACCAGCAGCAUCAGCAUAGUACGACGAGCCCCGAGUCAUCCACAGCCAAUAAGGGUCAGACGCCGCCCGCGCUGUCCGGGCUCAUUUCGAGCUUCGUCACUGGCGGCGAUGAGCCGCUGAGGCACCCGCCGCGGGAUCACAUCAUGUACAUGUGCGGCAUCUUCUUCUCCAACGUCGAUCCGGCUUUCAAGGUCAUUCACCGGCCGACGGUCUCUGUCGAGCUGGAAGGGUUCGCGAACGCUGUGAAUAAGCACAUUGACGAUGCAACGGAGGCCUUGUUCUUUUCCAUGUACUACGGCGCCGUUACGAGCUUGACAAACGAGGCUUGUCUGAGGAACUUGGGAGAGGAGAGAAGCGUUCUCGCGCAGAGGUACCGGGAGGGCGUUGAGAGGGCGCUGCACAAGGCAGACUAUCUCAACAGCACUGAGAUUCGUACCCUUCAAGCGCUGACGUACUAUGUGUGCUUCCUCCGCUCACACAACGCCAGCCGCGCGUCCUGGGCCCUCAUCCCCCUGGUCGUCCGCCUCGCCCAGGCCCUCCACCUUCACCGCGACGGCGUCAACCCCCCGCUCCCGCCCUUCGAGGCCGAGAUGCGCCGCCGGCUGUGGUGGAUGAUUGUCGUCCUCGACAUCCGCGCCGCCGAGGACCGCGGUACCGACGCCGCCAUCCCGCGGCAGUCCUACAACACCCGCCUGCCCUUCAACCUCGAUGACGACGACUUCGGCCCCGGAACGACGGAUCCGCUCGAGGACAGGACGGGCCCGACCGAGAUGACGUUUUGCCUGUGCACGAGCAUGUCGUCGGGCAUCUUUGGCAACCUGCGGCCGCGGCACCCGCAGCUCGCGCUCGACAACGACGGCACGCCGGAGCCGACGACGUCGGAGGAUGAGAUCAUGGCGCACGCGCAGCGUCUUGAAGCGCUCUUUGGCACCGCGCCGGCCAAAACACCUGCGUCGGACGGCGAUGGCUCUAGCGGCGGUGGCGGCGGCGACGACGAAGACCAGGAUACCCGACACCUACCCGCCAAUCACGCUGCCGUGACGGUACGCAUCAUCAUCCUCAAAAUGUGGCUAUCGGCGCAGUACCCCUUUACCCCCCGCGCCUCCACGGCGACGGCGAAGCCCCGCGUCGCGCGCGAGACGAUGCUCCGCACGGCGGUGAACACGAUCGAGCUGGUCGAGUACAGCUCGGCGACGUACCGCGAGCGGUUCGGGUGGUGGAUCGACAGUUACGUGCAGUGGCACCCGCUCGCCGUCGCGCUGGCGGAGCUGUGCGUGCAGACGCGCGGGGAGCUGGUGGAGCGGGCGUGGCGGGUGGUGGAUCGGAACUUUCACGGGAUGAGGGAGCGGAUCGCGGAUACCAGGCGGGGCACGCUCUGGAGGCCGCUGAAGAAGCUUUUGAGGAGGGCGAGGGCUGCGAGGGCGGAGGCUAUGAUGGGGGCGUUGAAGUUGGGUGAUGGUGGGAGGGGGGCGCCUGUGAGUGCUGCGGCGGGGGCGGCGACGGAGCAGCAGGGGGCUGCGAGGAGGACGGUGGAGGUGCCGCAGAAUGAGGAAGAGGAGGAGGAAGAUGAUGACGAUGAGGAUGGUGACGAUGAUGGCGAUGGAGACGUGGAUGUCACGGGUGUUCAAGAGCCAUCUCCUACUGCGGCGCCGGCGGUGGGAGGCCACGGUGUGAGUAUGGGGACUUUACACCCGGCUUUCAGAACAGACCGUAUCGGCGGUAACACCGCCAACGCCUCUGCCGCUGUUUCUUGGCACGGAGGCGGCUCUACGCUGCCUCCCACGAGUAUGCCUUUCGCGACGACAAACACAGUUGGUCUGGGUGGUCCCACGCCGAUGGCGGUCGAUCCGUCGAUGACGGCGGCGGCCGGGAUGCCCGCGUCAUCUCUGCCUCCUUCAACGUCUGCACCCAUGAACCCGCCGUUCGGGCUGACGCCUGAGGACAUGGCCAUGUUUGGGGGCACGCCGCUCUUUAGUAACCCGCAGGACCUGAUUGCGCAUUUCGGGAUCCAGAUGGAUGCUGGAGACUUUGGGUGGGACCCGAGUUCGUGGGACGAGUUUGUCGUUGAUGCGAAUAUGGAGAGGUCGCCUGGGGAUGACGGGUGAUUUCAAUUUGAGUGACUAAGGAAACCACAAGAGGGAGAGGAGGCGCAUGGGAUACCUAAAUGAACUGUCGCGUAGGUGUGGUGUAUAACAUGGAAAAAGGAAAGGAAGAAAUGAAAUGGUGAUGCUGUACGAUAGGGAUGACGAAUCACGCCCAUCAAUACUGGAGAAUGGAAGAGAAAUCUAGACUCUCAAAUGAAAUUCAUUGUAAUAG